AUGUUGUCCAGGACUCUGCUGCUCAUCGUUGGUGUGCUGUUGCUGCUCUCCCUAGCCCAGGGAGGGAUCCAGCGAAAAGUGAGAUAUGAAGUAACACAAGGUCACAUCGAGAUCAAGGAGUGUGAGAGGAAGCCCAAAUGGUAUCUGUGCAGACACCAUUGUGAAGACAACCGAGACUGCCAAGCGAAUAACAUAUGCUGCUCCACCAUAUGCGGCAAUGUGUGUGUGAACCUGUUGGAUAACAGUGUAUGGGAGAUGCCUAUCACUGCUCCCUCUGGCACUGACUACCCAGGGAAUGGGUCUCCACCCAGCUUCGAAGGGGAUAUGGGGUAA